UCAAUUGAAAGAUCCUGCGUCUGCUUAAGUUCAUCCAACAUGGCCGCAAUUAAAACUCUCUACGAUAUUUCUGCAAAACUACUAACAGGGGAGCUGCUAAACUUCUCAUCACUAAAGGGUAAAGUUAUUCUUAUCGAGAAUGUUGCUUCUCUAUGAGGUACGACUACUCGGGAUUACACCCAGAUGAACGAGCUCCAUGACCGAUAUUCGUCAAAGGGGCUUGUUGUGCUGGGAGUUCCCUGCAAUCAGUUCGGACAUCAGGAGAACUGCAAGAAUGAUGAAAUUCUGCUGUCUUUGAAAUAUGUCCGUCCGGGAAACGGCUUCGAGCCCAAAUUUCAACUCCUUGAGAAGAUUGACGUAAAUGGAAAGGACGCCCAUUCUUUGUUUGUGUUUCUCAAAGACAAGCUUCCUUUCCCCAGCGAUGAUUCUAUGUCUCUCAUGACCGACCCCAAGAAUAUCAUGUGGAGUCCUGUUCAGAGAAAUGACAUCGCCUGGAAUUUUGAGAAGUUUCUUAUCGGCCCGGAUGGAGUGCCCUUUAAGCGUUACGGGCGCUGUUUCCUCACCAGCAGCAUUGAGGGGGAUAUCAAGAAGCUUCUUAAAGUUGCUAACUAAAACGUCCAAGCACUGUUUACGCAGAGACAAGAUGUUACAUGGGGAUGUAGUCUCUCUUUUAAUUGUGCUUUCCAUCAAGUCUGAGGAGGUUGUUCCGUGACCAUGUUGUCUCUGUUAGACAGAUGCCCGUCGCCAGUAGGUCAUCUGUGCUCAUAUACGAUGUGCCUGUGUCAGGAUUUUCACUUAAUGAAGGUGUUCUUUUAAACAUAUUUGUGGAGGAUAUCUGAUGCCAUGGAAGUCUUGACUUGACAGUUGCAUUUUCUAUGGAAAGCACAAUGACUUCUGCUGACUAAAUAAAUAUAUUUUCUAUCAUCUUAA